UACAUUUUGUGUUGUAAUUAAGAUAAAGAGAAUUUCUUUUAUGUAAUUAUAAAUUAAUAGUCAUGUAUUAGUGAUAAGGUUAUACUUCAAUGAACUUGCAGUAUUGUCAUUAUGUGUAUUUUGACGAUGAUUCUGCGAAACUACUGGAAAAGAUACGCUGGAGACAAUGAUAGCCCUACUAUGGCUGGUGGUGCUCGUCGCAGCUCUGACGCUGUACCUGCGCCAAGUCUACUCCAGGUUCAGCCGCUUCGGAGUCAAGCACUUUGAACCAGUACCGCUGGUGGGCAACCUGAGCACCGUGCUGAUGCGGAAGGCACAUGCUUCUGAGGACUUUAACAAUUUGUACCAGGCUUUUCCUGGAGAGAGGUUCGUGGGCCGUUAUGAGUUCUUGAGGAACAUCGUGAUGAUUCGAGACCUGGAGCUGGUGAAGAGCAUCACAGUCAAGGACUUCGAACACUUCAUCGAUCACCGCAUGUUAGCUGAUGCUGACGUUGAGCCUCUGUUCGGCAGGAACCUGUUCUCCCUAAGAGGGCAUGAAUGGAAGGAGAUGCGUUCCACGCUGAGUCCAGCAUUCACCAGCUCCAAGAUGAAGGCGAUGGUGCCUUUCAUGAUGGAAGUCAGCGAGCAGAUGAUUAACUUCUUGAAAAUGCAGAUCAAGGAGUCUGGAGGAAAACAUGCAGAUAUUGAAUGCAAAGACCUGAUGACUCGCUACGCCAACGAUGUGAUAGCCUCCUGUGCCUUCGGCUUGAAGGUAGACUCUCACAAUGAUAGGGAAAACGACUUCUACUCCAUUGGCACUGAAACUGCUAACUUUGACUUCAAGAAGAUGCUGGUGAUCUUUGGGUAUGCUUGCUUUCCUGCUAUAAUGAAGAAAUUCAACGUGAAAAUGUUUUCGGAACUCAUAGUAAAUUUCUUCAAAAACAUAGUUAUUGGUACUAUGAGGAACCGACAAAAGAACAAUAUUCUAAGACCUGACAUGAUCCAUCUCCUCAUGGAAGCCAAAAAAGGAAAACUAACGCAUGAAGAAAAAGCUGCUGAAGCCAACACUGGGUUUGCAACAGUAGAAGAAUCUGAUAUCGGAAAAGUUACUGUUAAAAAAGAAUGGACAGAAGACGACUUGACAGCUCAAGCAGUACUGUUCUUCGUUGCUGGCUACGAAACCAUAUCAUCAGCGAUGGCUUUCCUCAUCUAUGAGUUGGCAGUACACCCUGAGGUACAGGAGAAACUGGCGAAGGAGAUCAGGGAACAUGACGCUAAGAACGGCGGCAAGUUUGACUUCAACUCCAUACAGAAUAUGCCUUAUUUGGAUAUGGUUAUUUCAGAGGUGCUGAGAUUAUGGCCUCCGGCUGUAGGUUUGGACAGAGAGUGCUCAAAAGAUUAUAACCUGGGAAAACCCAAUCACAAAGCAGAAAAGGAUUACAUCCUCCGCAAAGGUGAGGCUUUGGUGAUCCCGGUGUGGUCUAUCCACCACGACCCUGAAUACUUCCCGGACCCCUACAAGUUUGACCCUGAAAGAUUCUCCGAGGAAAACAAGCACAAAAUCAAGCCAUUCAGUUAUAUGCCUUUUGGACUCGGACCAAGAAAUUGUAUUGGAUCGAGAUUCGCUUUGUGUGAGGUGAAAGUCAUGGCAUACCAGCUGAUCCAGCAGAUGGAGCUGUCUCCCUGCGAGAAGACUUCCAUACCGGCUGUACUGGCUAAGGAUACCUUCAACCUGAAGGUGGAAGGGGGGCAUUAUAUUAGGGUCAAGUUGCGUCAGUGAGGAGUUUAAAAUAGGUUCAAAUGUUGUCUUGGUAAGGGUGAUUUUAAGAGUAUUAUGAGAUUGUAUAUAAAAUUGUUAUUGUACAUAUUGUUUUGUUUUUUUAUUAUGUAAAGAAGAAAAUAAAAAAGAACAACGGAGUUCCGGUUAAGGGUUAUCGAAA